AUGGAGGAGACUGCAGCAGGACCUGCGACGAAGAAGAGUGGCACCACACUGUCCGUGGAUCGGGCCGCGUUCCUCCUCCUGCGCGUCCGGAAGGCGUUCAAGAAGAAGCGACAGCAGCGAAAAGAGCGACAGGCCCAGCAGAGCAGCGCCGCUGCGGGUGGUAGUGCGAGUGGCGUUGGCAGCGGAGGCGGCGGCGGCGGCUCUGGGUCGCAAUCACGGACGGGCAGCCGCAAGCUGCCGCCGCCAUUGUUACGGUCGCGCACCCUGCCAGCCAUCAUUGUGCCAGGACUUCCGGUCGUCUCGCUGCACACGGAUAAGCAAACAUUUCAAUUGGAGGAGCGACUGUUGGGCAGCAAGAGCCGAAGUGGCAGCGCCAGUGGCCAUCGCUGGUCACUGCUCACCCGUGCCGGACACAGCGGCGGUGGUGGUGUUGCUGCUGGUGGUGGUGGCACCGGCCCCGGCAGCGGCAAUCCUGGCAACGCCACCAGUGCCACAAGCAGCAGCAACAACAACAACAACACGCAUCUGGCCAACAACAACAACACACUGAUGGUUAAGUCAUUGAAUUUGCCAAAGGAUGAUACCAAUCUGGUGUAUCGUCGCAAGUCCUCGGGCAGCACACCGCACCACCACCAGACCGCGCACUCCACACUGCAGCAACAGCAGCAGCAGCAGCAGCAACAGCAACAGCAACAGCAACAGCAGCAACAGCAUCAGGUGCAACAUUUGGGGGACAGUUCGUUGUUCCAGCUGUCGGAUGAUUUUGAGUGUCAUGCGGAUGGCUCCCUGCUGCUCAGGAUCCCGGCCCCACAUGUGGUGGCAGCGCGUGCCUAUCGUCUGGCAGCCAGAAAGCGUGCCGCAGCCACCUCGGAGGCCACCACACCGCUGGCCAGAGAGCACACCCUCCACGAACUACCGCUGGCCGAGGCAUCGGCAGCAUCUGGCUCUGGCUCUGGCUCCGGCUCGGGCACGACCUUCACUCGCCUGGCUAAACUGCUGCAUCAAUCAAGUGGCUUCUCCGGCAGAUCCAAUCUGCAGCCGCCUCCCGGUGACACCACGUCUGUGAGUCUGGGACUCGGUCUGGGUCUGGGCGAGGAUGCGCCCCGUCGUCUGUCCUGGGAGAGGCGCAAGGACAGCAGUGCACUCCAGCGUUCGGCCAGCAUCGACUCCUUUGCCGAGAUUGUGUUUAGUGACCUGCCGCGCCCCUCGCUGGCCGUCACGGCGCCAGGUGGUGGUGGUGGUGGUUCCCCCUCGCCGUUCAGCAAGCGGCCCUCGGCCAGCAGUCUCUACUCGACAUCCUCCUCCGGCACCACAUUCGGCGCCCAGGCGCAGGCCCAGCUGAAUGUCAAUUACGGCGACCUGGGCUUCGGCUCUGGAGCUGGCUCCGCGACGGGGUCGAGUGGCGGCCACCUCCACCACCAGCACCAUCCAGGAAACGGGAGCAGCAGUGCCAGCAGCAGCCGGCGGGAGAGCAUGCUGAGUCCAUCCUCCACCAGACGCUCCAAGCUGACCAGAAUUAUAAACGCUCUGUUUUCGGCCGUGGAGCAUGGGCAUCUGGACAAGGCACGCACCAUCCUGGAGUCCACCGAUGUGGAUGUGAAUAGCAUUAACAAUGAUGGUCUCUCCGCCUUGGAUCUGGCCGUUCUCAGCAACAAUCGCUCCAUGACCAAAAUGCUGCUCCAACACGGCGCCAUGGAGGGCUCUCAGUUUUCCGCGGAGAACAUUGGCAGCAAGCUCAAUGGCCUGCUGCAGGACGCCGAGUCGCGCAUCCACGAUCUGAGCGGACCGGAGGGCCUCUGUCCACCCAUUUUCGCCUCGCGACCCUCCAUCUCGAGCAUCAUAAUUGGAAACUCGAGUGCCUCCGUGACAGGCUGUACGGGCAGCGAGGUGGAGAAACAGAUCGGCAUCUGGGAGCGUCGCGUCAAGGGCCUGCGACGGCUGCUGCUUGGCUGGGACCAGGCAAGGCCGCCAGAUGCGCCCGCCUCGGUGGUCGUAGAUGUCACCGGCGACAAUUCCAUCAGCGUACAAAUCUUGGAGCCCUUUGAGGGUGCCAUCGGCACGAAAUUUAAAGUUCAAUGGUCGACCCGCGCGGACUUCAAUAACGUAGUAGGCGAAAGCGAGCUGCUGGAAUGGGUGAGCUUCCAUGGCACAAUGGGCGCCCAGUGUCACAUAUCCGGCCUCACCCAGGGACGUCGAUACUUCCUGCGCGCCUCCUGCGGCAAUGUCAAGGGUUGGGGGGCCUAUCGCACCUCAGUUCCAGCUAGCGUUGUGCCAUCGACCUGGCGUGACUUGGACAAUCGUGAGGACCGAUUUGUGGGCCGCCACCGCAUUCUGGACAACCUCUUUACGGCCGUGCGUUUGGCCCGACCCGCCGAUGUCUCGGAACUCACUCUAGAUCCUGCGGGCGGCCAGCGACGCAACCCCAAGAAAAAGACUACCAUCAAGCAGCUCUUUUCGGUGGCCUCCAAGUUCCAAAAGACCCUCAGAAGGGGCAUCUACUUCUCGUGCAUCGUCCAUUGCGAUGACAAGGUGCUGGUGACCAGCGAGGACUUUCCGCCCGUCAUCGAGAUCGACGAAUCGUAUCCGAGUGCCCUGCACAUGGACUACUACUGGCUGAUGAAGGUGGCCUGCACCUGGGACGAUGUCAAGUCGCUGCGCUCCGACAUGGAGCGCAAUCUCACGUCUGCCGUUCACUUCCGGACAAAGCUUUUGUCUGCCGUCUGCCAGAUGCAGUCGGCGCUGGGCUUCACGGACCUCGGCCAGCUGUACUACAAGCCACUGCGGGACUCGCAGGGCACUGUCGUCCUCACCUGCGUCCAGUCGGUGAAGAGCCAGAAGGCCGUCUCCAUACUCAACUCCCGCUGGCUACCGGUCAGCAAGCUGCAGAAGAAGCUCGGGGCCCUGCACGAGGACUACAACAUCAACGAGAUGCUCAUCUCCUCGAUUGGCGAGCAGAUGCACUACCAGCAGGCGGCCCUGCAGCGCCUGGAGCCGGGCCUCUAUCUGGGCUAUCUGAAAAUGCAGUGCUCCAUGGACCAGAUCCAGGUGGUGGUGCCUGUGAAGACACCCAAUGUCCUGCCCCAUUGCAAGGUGCGCGAGAACAGCCACAUCACGGCCGAGGAAUGGCAGGUGCUGCAUCGUAGCGGCGAUCCGCUGCGCCUCCCUUUGGAAUUCAGCUCGCCAGGUGGCGAACGGUCGGGCACCACAGAGGUGCAGCGCCUCUUCCUGUACGAUCUCACCAAUGCGAUGCACAAGCUGUUCGCUGGGAUGAACAUCAAGGCCUCGGAGGCCACCACCCACCGCCUUUAUGACGUGGAGGUGAUCGAGCACAGUCCCGACAUCAGCUUCCUGGUUGUUUGCCCCUCGGCGGAGUCGUCGUGUGCGGUGCCCGGACAGUCGGAGCUGCUGCUGCAGCGUGACGAUUUGGCCAGCCUGAGCAUCCAGGCCUUUGAGAUGAUCCAUCUGCGCACUUACCAACCGGCCAUUAUCCAGAAGUACGCCCGCCUCUCCUGCAUCCUGGAGCUGGACACAGCGCUGGCCACGCAUUCGCUGCGCGAGGCCUUCUCCAGCAGCGAACUGCAGGCGGCCAAGGAGCGACUGGCCACGCUGCAGGAGCUCAGCUCCAGCCUGACGCUAGUGUGGAAGAGCGUGCGCUGGCUGAUGGAUGUGGUGGCCUAUGCGCGCAACAAGAGUGCCCAGCCGUCGUUGGCCAUGCGGGAGAUCCUCGACUUUGCCCAGCUGCGGCAGAAGGAGCUGUCUGCGGCGGGAGGCCAGUCCAAGCAGCUCCUGCAGCUCCCGAUACGCGAGAGCAAGUUCAACAAGACAGGCACUGGACGUGGCAGCUGGCCGGGACCCGGCACCAACGAGGAUCAAUCGCAGGGCAAGCCGGAGCACUCGAAGUCGGAGCAGAAUCUGGGCCAGACUGCAAUCACCCCAGUGGAUGCCACGACUUCCAAGCAACAGCAGCAGUCACAAAUGCAGCAGCAACAACAGCAGCAGCAGCAGCUGUUGCAAGUAUCCACCAGCGAGUACGCAGGCUCCACAUGCUCAGAGGUGUCGCUGCGGAAGAACAGCGGCGACUCCAUGAGCUCCACCUACACGCCUCAGAGCUUCUACUCUGCCGUUGACUCCAUCUCGGAUAAGAACAGCAGCAGCAGCGUCUUUGCCCUGCCACCGUCACGCUCCGAUGACACUCUGGCGGAUGCACUGCGCCACUCGCAGGCGGUGGCAGCUCAACGGAAGCGCACCAGCUCCAACAUCGCGCACCACACCUCGACGCCGCUCAUCACGGUGCAUAGUUCCAGCUCGGCUCCGUAUCUAGCCGGAUCGAGUGUGUCGCUCAGGAGUGGCAGCGGUGUCUUUGCCACGGACCUGGAGCACAAGCCGCUAAAGCCGGCCGUGAAGGCUGCUUCCAGUGCCAAUUUGCGCGAAGGGGGACCCUAUUUGAAGAGCACCCUGGCGGAGCUGAGGGCUGUGGGCGGCGAGGAGCCGGUGGCCAGCACCUCGAAGGCAUCCUCCACCAAGAGCCUGUCGCGCCAAAGCAGUGAAGAGGACUCGGCCAGCUGCUCCAGCCUGAACACGGAACAGGUGCCGGGCAUCAUCCAGGUGUACACCGCCUACAAUACCGGACUGGCCAGUGGCACCAGCCUCAAGCUCCACGUAACCCCAAAGACGACCGCCCGCGAGGUCAUUAAUCUGGUGGUCAAGCAGCUCAACAUGGCCGUGGUGCUGAAAGGCAACAACGGGCCCAUCUACAGCGCCGAUAUGCUGGAGAACUUUUGUCUGGUGGCCGUGAUUGGGGCACGUGAGCGCUGCCUGCGGGACGACUUCAAGCCGCUGCAGCUGCAGAAUCCCUGGAAGAAGGGACGCCUCUAUGUGCGAAAGAAACACGAACUGCUGGCCGCCAUCGAGCACUCCAAUCGCAAGUCGCAUUUGAUUUGAGCAAUCGGAGACUAUCAAUGGAGCUGGCGAUGGAUAUAGGAAAUACAGAUUAAUGAAUCCGAUCCGACUAUUGUACAUUUGUUUGUGUGUUUGGUUCCACCCGUUCCACAUACCCGCACCGCACCGCACCGCUCCACGACAAUGAUCAACGAUGAUCGUCGACCAAUUCCCAAAUUAGACUGAAUUACUUAUGUAUGCCCCAAAAAAUGGCAAAUGAAUGGUAUUAUUAUAUUUUGAAUAGUUUAAAGUUCUACAUAAGACCCACCCACAUACAUAAAUACACAUACUAACUAGUAAUCCAUUCACAUACGAAUCGAACUACAGAUUGUUGUUAGUUUUUCUAGAUUAAAGCGUAGAAGGAGCGAAGAGAAGAGAAGAAACGAAAAGGUUACACCAAUAUCCAAUAUCCAAUAUGAUAUGAUAUGAUAUACGAAUAGAUAUGUAUUAUAUGUGUGUGCAUCAAUGUAUUUUAUUGUAUGUAUUUUGGUAGAUUAGUGAACAAAAUGUUUUGAUUGUAUUUUUGUGAAAUUUUUAAGGGGCACACACAACACACACUCACACACUCUUAAUCUAAACGAAACCCACUGGAAGUCAAUAUGCAUUUUAAGUGUCACUCUUGAUGUCUCCCGAUGUGUUUUGUGGUGUGCUUUGUGUGUGUGUGUGUGUGUGUCCUUGACAAUUGCAAUUCCAUUGGCUUAAUGUUUAAAAGAAAUGUAUUAGUAUGUAAUCGGAAUCAAACCAACAACAACAAGAAAACAAAAACGAAAAUUGCAAAUAUUUUUUA